AUGCUUUCUCGAGCCCUGGCCCUAUCUGCCCUUGUGGGAGGAGUGUUAUCCGUCCCCAUUGUUGAAAAGCGCGCGUGCCCUAACAUCCACGUAUUCGGUGCACGAGAAACAACAGCUUCUCCGGGAUACGGUUCCUCCGACACUGUUGUGAAUGAUGUCCUAAAUGCCUAUCCAGGCUCUACCGCAGAGGCCAUCGUUUACCCUGCAUGCGGUGGCCAGUCCUCAUGCGGUGGUGCAAGCUAUUCUAGCUCAGUCGCUCAAGGCAUCGCGGCCGUCGCAUCUGCCGUGAAUUCCUUCCACUCACAGUGUCCUAAUACUGAGAUCGUAUUGGUCGGAUAUUCUCAGGGUGGUGAGAUUAUGGAUGUUGCUCUAUGUGGUGGUGGCGAUUCCAAUCAGGGAUAUACCAACACAGCGGUUCAAUUGUCCGCGUCUGCGGUAACUAUGGUGAAAGCAGCGAUUUUCAUGGGCGACCCCUUGUUCAGAGCAGGUCUGCCGUAUGAGGUUGGAACCUGUACCGCCGGUGGUUUUGACGAACGCCCGGCAGGCUUCAGUUGCCCCUCAGCAAGUCUGAUACAAUCCUACUGCGACGCCUCGGAUCCCUAUUGCUGCAACGGCAAUAACUCGGCAACACACCAGGGCUAUGGAGCUGAAUAUGGAAACCAGGCUUUGACUUUUAUUAAGGGCAAGCUUUCUGGUACUAGCAACCCUGGUAAUGGCACCACCGGUGGCAAUGGUGGUAGUGGUGGUAGUGGUGGCACAGUUGCUCAAUGGGGUCAAUGUGGUGGACAGGGCUGGACAGGCGCAACAGGGUGUGUGAGUCCAUACACGUGCACUGUGAUCAACCCCUAUUACUCGCAAUGUCUGUAA